CGGCGGCCUGCUCACCGCCACAGACGCGACCUGUCAGAAGUACAAGGUCAGUUCUUGUUCCAGAAGCGGAUAUCGCAAAUUCCGUUUCAUCAAGCGCGCUAUCAGAGCUCAGUCUAGUGUUUGGGAGGGAAAUAGGAGCGAUACUUUGCAGACGAGCUGCGUUUCGUCAGUGUUCAUUGAUCGCGCGCUUGAGGUGGAAGAUGCUAUAUAACGCAACCUGCCUGCACGAGGUCAAUCAGUCAGCCAAGGUUGCUCUGCUCCCUCAUUCUCCAUCUCCAGUCCCAUCCAGCUCUCCGAUGGACCAGUGGUACAGUAACCAGUGCUAUGUCGGACAGAGAGAUUGCCCGAUGAUGGGAAGCCCCGACUCUUCCGCAUCGACGUCUCUGGUAUCUACACCCAGCGGCUCGCCCUUGUCGAAGGCAUCGCAGGAACUGGGCGCGAAGGACACCAAGGAGGUGCUCAACUCGGUCCUUGGGGUCCGAAAGACGUGGAAGACUUUUCGAGAUGGAGAGACAGUGUGGCCGCCGGACCUUGAGCAAGCUUUGAUUGAAGGUCUCGAGCGCCACAAGCCGGAGGACUGCCGAGAAACACGCAUGCUCGGACGAUUCCCCCGCCGCAACAAAUUCAUCGCGAACUACAUCUACGCAAAGACCGGGAAACGGCGGUCGGCGAAGCAGGUCGGUAGCCGCCUGCAGCAGAUGCGGGAGACCUGCUCCGAAGCGGGUCGUGCGUGCUUGUCUCUCUCUGUUUCCGCGCGUUCUGGGGGGCUGACGAGAUAUGCUUUGCGGCUUUACCCUGCAGUGCUACACCUGCUAUCACCGUUCCGACACCCGGCGCCUCUCAACGUGCAUGACAGCGCGCAGAGUGCGCCCACAGCCGGCAGCUCGCCUCGUGCCAGCUAUGAAGAUCCCAAGUUUGGCUGUCGGCGCACAACCAUCCACAUCGCGCUUAUCCCUGACGAGGACAGGCACUCGCCGGUGCCCGUCUGUUCUCCUAUCCCAGAUGACGAGCUGUCCUCUGGCGACGAGGUUCUGCAGUCCUCGCCCACGCCUCGCCGGCUGCGCGAUAUUGAUCCCAAGGUUGCUUUUUCAACCAAGACGCCCGUUUCGGCGAAAUCGUACUUCACGGUGUACUCGGCUGGAUUGGUCUUGUAUUCGGAAACCGUGCCGUUGGUGCUCAUGAAGGAGCAGUCUGUGAACAGCGACCGCUUCC